AUGGAACCAUUCACCUUCGCGAGCUCUUCUGAAUUGGAUCUGGCAGUAGCAGUGAAGCGCAGCAACCGCCUUGAAGGCUACGAGAAGCCUCUGCCAUAUUCUACACUCCUCAAGCGGCCAGAUCUCCGACAUCGCGGGAGCAAUCUCAACCCCAACUCCGAGCUCUACAUCACCGUCCAGCCGUUCGCCGACUCGAAACCACUGACCGUCCCUGCUCAGACUCCAUACAAGCACUUUAAGACGGUCCGUGUGUGGAAUCAAUGGCUCACACUACCCAUAACAUACAGCAGUCUCCCAGCCAACACUCAGCUUGCCGUGACAUUAUGGGAUCUAAGUCCGAUCAACCCGGACGGCGGAGAUCGUGGUCAUCAUGUGCCCUUUGGUGGCACGACCAUACCUUUAUUUGACGACACUGCCACGCUACGCACUGGCCGACAGAAAUGCCGCAUAUGGCGACACAAAGCUGCGGAUGGUUUUUCAGACACUACUACCCCAUGGCAGGAGCCAAGACGGCGUGGUCGUAGAGGGCAGGAGGCGGAGACGAUUGUGGUGGAGAACAAGCAGAGUCGGCGAGAGGCUGAGCGAGAACGACUGGUGGAUCUCAUGAAGCAGCAUGAAAUGGGCUCGAUACCGGAGAGCAAGUGGCUGGACCAGAUGGUCUUCCGACAGAUCGAGAAGCUGGAGAGGGCGUCGAUACGGGAGAGUAAUCGACCGGAAGUAUUCCCACGGCGUAAAUGUGAAGUGAACAGUCAGCAGGAUGGGGAAGACCCAGCGCCUCCGUGCGCCGAGGGUGACCCUGACCAUAUCGACGGCUCCUUCUUCCUCUACAUCGAGCUGCCACGAUUCGACCAUCCUAUAGUCUUCACAGACCACGAAUACGAUGCACCGCCCAUCUCCAGUGUCCACCCAUCGGCAUCACAGACCGUAGCAGCUGUCAAUUUCAAGCCUCCGCCCGAAGUUCAGCUCGGUCCAGGUAUCCAGUCAGAGGUCGGAGGCGCGAGUGACACAGACGGUGGUGGACGACUGAUCCGGCUCUACGAUCCAGAGAUCGGCUAUGCAGACAAUCCAGCCGAGACGAAGCACCGUCGACUCAUUCGCGGUCAACGUAAUGCACUGGAUCGGGACCUCAAGCCCAACCCGAAGAUGCGGGACUUUCUCAAUCGCGUCAUGCUCUACGGCCCGACUGUCGAGCUGAGCGAAAAGGAAAAAGAUGAAGUCUGGCGGUUCCGACAUCAUCUUACGCGCGACAAGCGUGCCCUCACGAAGCUUGUCAAGUCGGUCAAUUGGAGUGAGCCUGCUGAAGCGCGACAAGCCAUCGGUCUGCUUACGAAGUGGGUGGAGAUUGACGUGGACGACGCCCUCGAGCUGCUAGGACCAGGCGUGCAGAACCCAACCGUUCGUGCAUAUGCUGUCGACCGACUGCGAAAAGCCGACGACGAAGAGCUACUUCUGUACCUGCUACAACUCGUGCAAGCCCUGAAGUUCGAGCCUCAACACUCGAGGGACGACGAUGAGACAGACUCAUCCCUGGCAUCCUUCCUCAUAGCACGCUCGGCAGCGAAUCUGAACCUGGGCAACUUCCUGCAUUGGUACCUCAUGGUCGAGCUAGACGAAGAUGCACCCUCACAAUCACCACACAACAAACGCCUAUUCGCCCGAGUAAGCUACGACUUCAUGAAAGAGCUCGAAAUGACCACUGAAGGCCACGCUCGCCGCAAAGUCCUCCUGCGACAAGGCGAAUUCAUCACAGUCCUCAGCAAGAUCAGCAAAGAAAUCCGCGGCUCACGUGGCGAUCGGCUACGCAAGAUCGAGCAAUUGAAGAAAAUGCUUGCGGAUCCGAAGAACGAAAUGCUAGCCUUCGAUCCACCCCUACCACUCCCCCUCGACCCCGAGAUUCGAGUCACAGGCGUGAUACCAGACGACUGCAACGUUUUCAAAUCCACCUUACUACCCUUAUACAUCAACUUCAAGACCGACAUGGGCGAGCAAUACCCCCUCAUCUUCAAAACCGGCGAUGAUCUCCGCCAAGACCAACUCGUGGUCCAGAUCAUCGCCCUCAUGGACCGCCUCCUACAAAAAGAAAAUCUCGAUUUAAAACUAACCCCCUACCGCAUCCUCGCCACCUCAACCCUAGCCGGCGCCGUCCAAUUCAUUCCCUCCACCCCCCUCUCCACCAUCCUCAGCAGCGCAAAAUACAAAGGCAGUAUACUCGGCUACCUGCGCUUCCACAACCCGGCCUCCGCCUCCACCCCCUCUAUACUCGGUGUCAAAAAAGAAGCAAUGGACACCUACGUCAAAUCCGUCGCGGGCUACUGCGUCAUCACAUACCUCCUAGGCGUCGGCGACCGCCAUCUCGACAACCUCCUCCUCUGCCCCGACGGCCACUUCUUCCACAUCGACUUCGGAUAUAUCCUCGGCCGGGACCCGAAACCCAUGGCCCCGCUCAUGAAACUCAGUCGAGAGAUGGUAGAGGGGAUGGGCGGGAACAGCCACCUUUCCGACUCUCAAUUCGAAGUCUUCAAACAGUAUUGUUUCACGGCCUACACCACGCUCCGGCGCUCAAGUAGUCUGAUUCUGAAUCUUUUCGCCCUGAUGCAGGAUGCGGCGAUUCCUGGGCUGGCAGUUUUCGGUGGAACGGAGAGUGUGGGGAAGGUGGAGGAGAGGUUUAAGUUGGAGGGCGGGGAGGAGGAGGCGUUGGGGUUUUUUGCCCAGUUGAUUGAACGGGAGAUGGGGGCGUGGGGGCCCGUGUUGAUUGAUAAGCUGCAUGGGCUUGCUCAGGGGUGGCGGGCGUAG